AAAGUAUAUGUUUUGUGGUAACCCUGUAUGAAAUCGGUCAUAAAUUGUGAUUUUUUUUCAUGUAAACGGUUGUGGUUUUCGACAGAUUUUCAGUGAUAGGAUUUCGUGAAUAAGUGUUUAUUUUAUUUCUUAUAACAAAUAAGAGAAGCUAAGUUAUUCACACAAAGUUACACACUUCAUGGCAUCCGUUUAUGUAUUCGCAAUGGCCGUUACAAUUAAGCACACACAAGGCGGUCUACGAUAUUUGGCUUGGCUUUAGGGAGGCAAAGUGCACAGUCGUUGCGCAGGAUGCCGAUCGCGCCGCGCGGCCCUCCGCCUGUUUCGACGCCGCCUUACCACCAGCUCCGUAGGAGACCCACGUUAACCCUCAAGUGUCCUUCUAUAAUAUAACGUCUAACUUUUAUACGCCUCUUUUAUACCGACCCAUAAGUAUAAGUACGCACAGUGUUAGUGUUUUAAGUGUCGCGCUCUAGUGGAGUGUAUAUGUGUGUCGAUGGUGCGGCCGACAUGGGAAAAUCCUCGGCGAGAACACAUGGCCAAGAGAAUGAACGGAGAAUCAAAGCCAAUAACAGAGAGUACAACGCCCAGUUUCGCUAUGCCAACAACUACAUCAAGACAUCGAAGUACUCGAUCGUAACAUUCCUGCCGCUGAAUCUGCUCGAGCAGUUCCAGCGGCUGGCCAACUUCUAUUUCUUGUGCCUGUUGGUGCUCCAGCUCAUCCCGGCCAUCUCCUCGCUGACGCCGAUCACCACCGCCAUACCACUCAUCGGGGUACUCGCGUUGACUGCAGUCAAAGACGCCUACGACGAUUUCCAACGUCACCAAAACGACUCGCAAGUGAACCACCGGCGGGCGAAGACGCUGCGCAAUGGCAAGCUUGUGGAGGAGAAGUGGGCGUCUGUUCAGGUGGGAGACGUCAUCAGGCUGGAGAACGACCAGUUCGUCGCCGCAGACAUCCUUCUGCUCAGCACGUCGGAGCCUAACGGGCUCUGCUACAUUGAGACCGCUGAGCUUGAUGGGGAGACAAACUUGAAAUGUCGCCAGUGCCUUUUGGAGACAGCCGCGAUGGGCCAGGACGACGGCAAACUGGGCGCGUUCGACGGCGAGAUCGUAUGCGAAACACCAAACAACCUGCUAAAUAAGUUCGAAGGCACGUUGAGCUGGCGCGACCAGCACUUCUCGCUGGACAACGACAAGAUCCUGCUGCGUGGCUGCGUUCUCCGCAACACGUCGUGGUGCUACGGCGUCGUCGUGUUCGCCGGCAAGGACACCAAGCUGAUGCAGAACUCCGGGAAGACCAAGUUCAAGCGCACGAGCAUAGAUAGGCUACUUAAUUUUCUUAUUAUAGGGAUAGUAUUCUUCCUGCUGUCGAUGUGCGUAUUCUGCACGGUGGCGUGCGGCGUGUGGGAGUGGCUGGUGGGCCGCUACUUCCAGGUGUACCUGCCGUGGGACACACUCGUCCCAGCCGAGGCGGCGCCGGGCGCGGUGGUCAUAGCAUUUCUAGUGUUCUUCUCGUACGCCAUCGUCAUGAACACAGUCGUGCCUAUAUCGCUGUACGUCUCCGUGGAGGUAAUAAGAUUUGCACAGAGUUUUCUCAUUAAUUGGGAUGAGAAAAUGUAUUAUGAUAAGACUGGAACAGCGGCGAAAGCGAGGACAACUACGCUGAAUGAAGAGCUCGGUCAAAUCCAGUAUAUAUUUUCUGAUAAAACGGGCACGCUAACACAAAACAUAAUGACGUUUAACAAGUGCUCUAUAGCUGGAGUCUGUUACGGUGACGUCGUAGACGAAGCCACGGGCGAAACGAUCGAGCUCACAGAGAGCACAGAACCGUUGGACUUCUCGUUCAACCCGGAGUACGAGCCGGAGUUCAAGUUCUUCGACUCGACGCUCCUGCAGGCGGUGAAGCGCGGCGACCGGGAGGUGCACGAUUUUUUUCGGCUGCUCGCUCUGUGUCACACCGUCAUGCCCGAGCAAAAAAACGGACGGCUGGAAUACCAGGCGCAGUCACCUGAUGAGUCUGCCCUGGUAUCAGCAGCUAGAAAUUUCGGUUUUGUGUUCAGAGAACGCUCGCCUAAUAGUAUUACAAUAGAAGUUAUGGGUAACAAAGAAGAAUAUGAUUUAUUGUGUAUUUUAGAUUUUAAUAAUGUUAGGAAAAGAAUGUCCGUGAUAUUGAGGAAGGAUGGUGAAAUUAGGUUAUAUACAAAAGGUGCUGAUAAUGUAAUAUAUGACAGAUUAAAAUCAAAUCAAGCAGAAGUUAAAUCAAGAACACAAGAACAUUUAAAUAAAUUCGCGGGCGAAGGCCUACGGACGCUAGCACUCGCGUGGCGGCCGCUCGAGGAGCGCGGCUUCGCGGAGUGGAAGCGACGACACCAGGCCGCCGCGCUCGCGCUGCACGACCGCGACGAGCAGCUCGACGCCAUCUACGAGGAGAUCGAGACCGACCUGCUGCUCCUGGGUGUCACUGCCAUUGAAGACAAAUUACAGGAUGGAGUGCCUGAAACCAUAGCGAAUCUCAGUAUGGCUGGUAUUAAAAUAUGGGUAUUAACGGGUGAUAAACAAGAAACGGCAAUAAAUAUUGGAUAUUCGUGUCAGCUGCUGACGGACGACAUGGCGGAGGUGUUCGUGAUCGACGGCGUCUCGCACGAUGAUGUGGACCGGCAGCUGGCCAAGUGUCGGGACUCUAUAAGGGUCGUCAACACUUUUUUACCACACGGUAUAGAACCAAAAAACGAGCCUGAGACGGCGAACGGCGGCGCGGCGGUCUCGCGGCCGUCGCCCGGCCGCGCCGCCAACGUCAAGCUUAACGCGCCCGCCGUGUCCGUCGUCACAUUUAGGUGGGAACAUAACACAAUACCACACCGCAGCAACGAGUACAUGUCGGGCGGCCCGUACUCAGCGGAGUCGCACGAGCACGCCAACGAUGAUUCUAACGGGUUCGCCAUCGUCGUCAACGGACACUCGCUCGUGCACUGCCUGCAUCCUAAGCUGGAGGAGAAGUUUUUAGAUGUAGUUCUUCAGUGCCGAUCAGUAAUAUGCUGUCGAGUAACACCAUUACAGAAGGCAAUGGUGGUAGAACUAAUAAAGAAGAGCAGAAAAGCUGUCACUCUGGCCAUAGGAGACGGAGCCAAUGACGUAUCCAUGAUCAAAGCGGCUCACAUCGGCGUGGGCAUCUCCGGCCAGGAGGGCAUGCAGGCAGUCCUAGCCUCGGACUACUCCAUCGCGCAGUUCCGGUUCCUACAACGAUUGCUGCUGGUCCACGGCCGCUGGUCCUACUACCGCAUGUGCAAGUUCCUGAGAUACUUCUUCUAUAAGAACUUCGCGUUUACUGUGUGCCACUUCUGGUUCGCGUUCUUUUGCGGAUUCAGUGCGCAGACGGUAUUCGACGAGAUGUUUAUCUCAGUAUACAACUUAUUCUACACGUCGCUGCCUGUCUUGGCGCUAGGCGUGUUCGAACAAGACGUGUCGGACGCGACCUCCCUACAAUUCCCGAAACUCUAUGCCCCGGGACACACGAGCCAGCUGUUCAACAAGACGGAGUUUAUCAAGUCGACGUUGCAUGGUUGCUUCACGUCGCUCGUACUGUUCUUGAUUCCUUAUGGAACGUACAAAGAUGGCUUGGCGCCAGACGGAAAGAUAUUAUCAGACCACAUGCUUCUAGGGAGUGUGGUAGCAACUAUACUAAUUAUUGACAAUACAACACAAAUCGCCUUAGACACGACGUACUGGACGGUGUUCAACCACAUCACGAUCUGGGGCUCGCUCGUCUCGUACUUAGUGCUGGAUUACUUCUACAACUACGUCAUCGGCGGCACCUACGUCGGCUCGCUCACCGUAGCUCUCACGCAAGCCACAUUCUGGUUCACGGCUGUGCUCACGAUGACGAUCCUGAUGGUGCCGGUGGUGUCGUGGCGGCUGGCGUGCUCGUGGACGCGGCCCACGCUGGGCGAGCGCCUGCGCGCGCGGCAACGCUGGCGGGGACCCGCGUCGGCUCCAAGAACGCCCUCCGCUCGCCGAGCGAGGCGCUCCUCGAGUCCGGUAGUAGUAGGUAAAGCCUGCUCGUGGACGCGGCCCACGCUGGGCGAGCGCCUGCGCGCGCGGCAACGCUGGCGGGGACCCGCGUCGGCUCCAAGAACGCCCUCCGCUCGCCGGGCGAGGCGCUCCGUGCGCUCUGGUUACGCGUUCGCGCACCAAGAGGGCUUCGGUCGCCUCAUCACGUCGGGCAAGAUCAUGCGGCGCAUCCCGCACGCUGACGCCGCGCUGUCGGCGCUCGCCUCGCUGCCCGGCAAGUUCCACGCGCGACCCGCCACGCCGCCGCCUGAGCCAAGAGCUCCUACGCAGAACCUCGACACCGUCGACCUGUGAGCGCCCUGACUACACUACGGCGCGCUUGGACCGCUGCGGGACGUGGCAAAUGACGCGUGCGUCUACGCAGAAACCCGACACUGUGAGCGCAAGCGCAAUGGACAAUAUCACGGUGCGCUCGGAAUCCCAGACCGCUGUGACGUGGGUGCCGCGCACACUCGGGAUUAAUUAAACGCCCACUGGACACGAUACGGUGCACUCAGACUGUUGCGACUCGUGCGCGGAGCGUGAUACGUCGAAUGAUGCACGAGUCUCCCACGCUUGGAAUCCACUGAGCGCCCAUUUGACACGACGCGGUGCACUCCUACUGUUGUGGCGCGUGACGCGUCGAAUGACGUAUGCGCCGCGCUCGCAACGUAGUGGAGUACACCUGGGAUCUACUACAUUCGCGCUUCAACUGUGAUUCACAAUAAAAAUUAUUACAAGAAACGCGUAUGCGCCGCUUUGCGUUCGCGCAGACCGAGCGCUUGCCACGGAACGUGCUCCAGAAGCGAUAACUGUAUUGGUUGCAGAAGUAAGGCGCGACCAUAGUGGAUACCUAACUUUAGUGCUCUGCCGGUCUCGCUCGGCAGCUUGUGAACGUGUUAAAGCAUUCCCAUGCAAUGGGAAUAUGCGCUGAUUCGCGUUUUCAUGAUCAGCUGUUGAGGGAACCUUUGCGGUAUGCGCACUGCUGUACUUGCGUUUCUAAUUCGAGUCUGUGAACUACGUUGCGAUGAAAUAUGUACGCAAGAUUUUUCUAUAAUCCUUUUUUCCUCCUAUCAUAUUUUCUUAGACUUCAAAAUGUAUCUAAUGUGCAUUCAGACGUAAUUUUGAUAAUCUUUUCAGAAUUUAUUGAUAACGAUUGUGAUGUCAAAAACGCCUCAAUUUUUUUCGUUAAUGUGAGUUUGUUUCUUAUCCGAAAUAUUUGUAAAUUCUCAUCUCGAAUAAUAUUAGGUUACAUUACUCUGCUAAUGUAGAUCACCGACUCGGAUUAUGACUAGAAGAUAUGUGCAUUUAAAACUUAACUGUCGACUUCGCGAGCAGUGAAAACGCCACAUCGCGCGGGCGCGUCCCGCCGGCAGCUGGCUCGCUGGAGCCGGCGCGGGCGCGGCGCUCGACGCUCACUACUUUUCACCCGGGAAUGUUAUUUUGACGACAUAUCGGAGUCCCCUCCGGUCCGAGGGAGACGUGCAUAUCCUAGUUUCGAGAUUUUUGGCCGAUUUUAGUCGCGACGUUCUUUCGUUUCCCGGUCGAUGAAAAAGUUAGUAGAGUAGCGACUCGUCCAUAUUGAAGUAGAUUUAUUAUUAUUAUUAGUGCCAAAGAUGAUCUCUUUGAAACUUCUUGUUAUGUAUUCAACUUUAGCACGACUUAUUUAUUUAUUCGUCAAAAUUAUCGUUUCACCGAUUCGAAAAUCAAAGUUGUUAUGUAUAAAGUUAAAAAUGUAGCGUUUUAACUGCAUGUGAAUGUGAACAAUAUUUGCUUUGGAAUCAAUUUUUUAAAUAAAAAUAUAAUUCUUAUA